AUGAUCAGAACCUUAUUUCACCUGCGUUCAUCACUGUCACUCUCAACUGCGAUAAACCCUCCAUCUUCGCCUUCAGCUUUCCUGUUUCCUCUCUUUUCUUCCCACUUCUCCAGCUCGCCUGUGUUAGAGAGAAAGCGUUCCGAUCCCAGCGACGGUGAUUUCAAUGAGGAUCCCUCCCGCCCGCCCAGGCUCUUCGUCAUACAGCCCAGGAUCCGGCCCGAGACGCAUUUGAGGUGGAAGCUCGAGGAGGCCUUGAAUCUCGCCAAAUCGCUCGAACAACAGCGAGACGGAUUUUAUGAGACGGAGUUUCUGGACAAGGAGACCCCGCCUCAUCUGGUCGUUCAGAAUCCCAUCGUCAGGUCGCCUCGAGCGGAUACAUAUUUCGGACUUGGGACAGUAAGCAAUAUUAAGUGCCACUUGAAUGAUUUGGAAUCAAAGGAUGAGGUGGAUGCUAUUUUUGUAAAUGCUAUUCUCACGGGUGUUCAGCAACGUAAUUUGGAGAGGACAUGGGAUAAACCUGUUCUGGACCGUAUUGCUCUCAUAAUAGAGAUUUUUAAUGCUCAUGCUCAGACAAAGGAAGCUAAACUGCAGUCUGAGUUAGCAGCCCUGAUGUACAAACGGAGCAGGCUCGUUCGAGUUCGUGGUUGCGAUGGGCGUUAUACAUUUGGUGGAGUUGGAGAAGCUGAAGUUGUUAGUGCCAGGGGGAGAGGGAGUGGAGGGCGUGGUUUUAUCAGCGGUGCUGGAGAAACUGAGCUUCAACUUCAGCGUCGAAGAAUCUCAGAACGGAGACAAAAAUUACUCUCAGAAAUCAAAGAAGUUCGAAGAACUCGAGCCGUGCAGCGUGCUGCUAGAAAAAGGGAGGGAGAGUCUUUGGGACAAGAACUUGCUACCGUUGCUGUAGUUGGAUAUACAAAUGCUGGAAAGUCUACACUGGUCAGUGCGCUCUCAGACAGCUAUCUUUACUGUGAUGAUCGAUUGUUUGCUACCGUCGAUCCAAAGUUAAGCAGUGUCGUUCUUCCAUCAGGGAGGAAAGUGCUGCUUAGCGACACAGUUGGGUUUAUCUCAGAUUUGCCUGUUCAGCUGGUCGAGGCAUUUCAUGCAACACUGGAGGAGGUUGCUGAAGCUGAUCUUCUCGUGCAUGUGCUGGACUCGAGUGCGCCGAAUCUUGAUGAACACCGGAAAACAGUCAUGCAAGUUCUUGGAAGGAUUGGCGUUUCGCAGGAGAAACUUCAAAACAUGAUUGAAGUAUGGAAUAAGGUUGAUAUCCUAGAAGAGAACUCUGAUGGCAUCAAUCAAGAAUUCAAUUUCUCAGAUAACGAAGAUGCUGACGUCACCAGUGACCAAGUAACCGAUCAACCUGAUGAGGAGCAAGAUACUAAAGCUGAUGAGCUGUCUCAGGAUCUUGGAGACUAUUCAGAUGGCUGGCUCUCGUGCGAUGAUGAGAAUGAAGACUCUUGGGUUGACUAUGAGGGAAGGUCCAUAGGAUGCAACUCUGCGAAUGGCCCUCAAGAUGAGCUUUCAGUGCCUAGUGAUGAAGGCCUUGAAUCCACUUGCCAUGUCAAAACAUCAGCUGUGACUGGAGUCGGUUUACAAGAGUUGCUGGAGAUAAUUGACGAGAAAUUGGGGCAGUGUCGUGUGGUGGAAAGGGGUGUGUUUGAUCGGAAAUGGAGACCUCCCCGUGAUGAAGACAAUAAUAAGAUAGCAGUUGAGCUAUAG